AAUCGCUUGUCGUAGUAAAAACAUUUACAUUCUUGCAGUUAUGAAAUACACUACAAAUUAUGUAUUACCCCCCAUCAGUAUUUGCUUUUAAACUCAACUUUCCAUCCCUGCACUGUGAUGUUGAGAUAACGUUACGUUACUUACCAAUUGAAAACUCUCAUAUAUGGUUGGCAACACCGGAUCAACCAAUUGUUGAUUUGUCUUCGCCUUUAUUCGUAAAUAAAACGUUUUGUGCAAAGUUGGCAAUUCACUCUCUAGGGCUCUAAAGAUCGAAAAUUUCUCUUAAAGAAAUACAGUAUUUUUUCAUGUUCUUGCACGUGCAUUCCGCUGGCAUUUGUUGUUUUUAAGUUUACACGCUAUAAAAAUGCGCAAUUUAAAGUUAAAAUAUUGCCUUUCCCACAAAGUGGGCAUAGAGAAUCCAAGAAUCCUCUUGGUCAAUCCCAAUUCACAGAAGCUUGUCAAUGAGAGGCGUUAUGCGGUGACCGAGAGUCAAUUGUUUGCAUUCGAUGUCGUCGCCCAGUCGAAAAGUGUUAUGGCCGAAGUGCCUGAUAUUGUGGCAGCCGAAUAUUUGGCUCUCGACAAUCAAAUAUGUUUAGCCACCAGGGGUGGUGAAGUAUUGCUCGUCAAUCCCGAUACAUUGGAGAUGAAUGAAGGUACCUUCUGUGAUGUUGGUAUCGAGUGCAUGGCAUGGAGUCCCGAUCAAGAGGUUGUGGUUUUUGUAACCAAGGAACAUAAUGUUGUGGUCAUGACCUGUACCUAUGAUCCGCUGACGGAACAUUCGUUGUACGACGAGCAGACAGAGGCUGAAGGGGGAUUUGUGAAUGUGGGUUGGGGCAAGAAGGAGACACAGUUUCAUGGUUCCGAGGGCAAAGAGGCAGCCAAGGCUAAGCAGGAGGUGGAUGUGCCGGUGAAUUUGGAGGAAAUUAAUAAGGACAUCAUCAUUAGCUGGCGUGCAGAUGGUGCCUAUUUUGUAGUUUCCUAUGUCAGCCCGUCGAAGGGACGCACUUUCAAAGUAUUCGACAAGGAGGGAAAACUUCAAUUUGUGGCCGAAAAGCAGGCCAAUUUAUAUGGCCCCACGGCCUGGAGGCCAUCGGGCAAUUGGAUUGCCGUACCACAAAAGUUGCCCAACAAAAGCACCAUUGCUCUGUUCGAAAAGAAUGGUUUACGCCAUAGAGAAAUUGUUCUACCAUUCGAUUUGGAAGCUACACCUAUUGAAGAUUUAAAAUGGAGCUCAGAUUCCGAGAUACUUAGCAUAAGAACAAAAACCAAAAUCUAUUUAUACACCAUUGGCAAUUAUCAUUGGUAUUUGAAGCAGGUACUGGAUUUCCAAGACCAAGAAGACGCGGUAACACAUUACACCUGGGACAGUCGUAUUGGAGAGGAGAAAACUCUGCACAUACUUUUCCAAAGUGGCAAAUAUUUAAUUUACAAAUGGUACUGGGCAAUUGAUCGUCUGAAUCGUACCGGCCUGGUGGCCGUUGUGGAUGGUAAUCAAUUACUUUUGAGUGAUUUCUCAAAGGCUGUUAUACCACCACCCAUGUGCACCAAGACAUUGCAACUGGAGGGUGCCGAGUCAGGAGAUUCCUACAUUACCACAGUCACCCUAAUGCAAGAUGCCGAAGAUGAGGUUCAUUUGUGUAUUCUGGAUUCGCGCAAUACCAUACACUAUUACAAAUCUCAUUUGUCGUAUGUAAGCACAUUCACACUUCAGUCACGAUGGUCGGAGGAGCCAGCAUCAUCAGAUAUUCCACAAAUGUUGCCGCUUCAAUAUGGCAAUUUACAAUGGUUGGGAUGUUUUGAGGGCGAUAGCUAUUUGGUGGUCAGCUUUAGCCACCAUGACACAAGUCAAAUACAUUUCCUGGCUGUGGGUGCUCCACAGGGCCAAAAGAAAGUUGUGCAAGUGGCGGGCAUUAUAUCCUGCCUCAUGCCCUCUUGCCAAGAAGAGGACUGUUCGCUGUUCUAUCAACUCCUAGAUGAUAAUCGCAUCGUUCAAUUGGACAAUGUUCUUUACCCGGGAGGAGAAACAUCCUUCAAACGGCAUUUGGAAUUACCCCAAAAUAUCGAUCAAAUGGAAAUCUUCACACAGCGAAGUGAUUCUGCCAAGACCCACACCAUAUGCCUUAGCAACAAUCAAUGUUUGUAUGUGGAUGAUGAGAGAAUUGCCACAGAUGUCACAUCGUUUUGUAUGGCCGGAAAUUAUUUGACCUUUACCAAAUUGACAUCCUUGCAUUUUUUGCGGCUGGCCGAUAUGCGUUUAGUGGAUGAACGUCGUCUGGAGAGGGGUGCCAAGUUGGUGACAACUGUGGCGAAUAGUGCCCGCACUGUUUUGCAAAUGCCUCGUGGCAACAUGGAGGCAAUAUGUCCCAGGGUUUUGUCUCUAGAAUUGGUGGGGGCCCUGUUGGACUCUCAGCGCUAUUGUCUGGCCUUUGAUGUGUUGCGUAAACAAAGAAUUAAUCUGAACAUAAUUUGCGAUCACAAUCUCUGCACUUUUAUGGAUAAAAUUGAUGUCUUCCUCGAGGAGAUACAGAAUCCAAAUUGGUUGAAUUUAUUCCUCAGUGAUUUACAGAAUGAGGACUUUACCAAGACCAUGUAUUCCAGUAACUACAAACAGGACUCCCAAUGUUAUCCGGAGGCAUUUAAAAUCGAAAACAAAGUGGAGCUCAUCUGCAAGGCAUUGUGUGUACGCAUGGAGCAGUCAAGUGAGAAACGUUUCCGUUUACCCAUCAUAACUGCCUAUGUCAAGUUGAGGCAAAUCGAAAAGGCCCUUGAAUUGAUAUGGGAGGAAAAGAAGCGGGAAAGUAGCGUCAACAAUGAUUCACCGGCUGUGGGUGCGGAGGAAGCCCUUAAAUAUCUUCUCUAUUUGGUCGAUGUAAAUGAACUCUACAAUGUUGCCCUGGGCACCUAUGAUUUCGGUUUGGUACUCUUUGUGGCCCAGAAAUCCCAAAAGGAUCCCAAAGAGUUUUUGGCAUUCCUGAAUGAAUUGAAGGGUUACGAGCCAAAUUAUCGUAAAUUUAAAAUUGACGAACAUUUGAGGCGUUUCGAAAAGGCCCUACUGCACAUUGCCAAUUGUGGCCGUGAGAAAUUCCACGAAGCUUUGGAAUUUAUAAAACGUCAUGAAUACUAUUCGCGUUCGUUGCAGGCCUAUCAAAAUGAUGCGGAAUGUUAUGGGGAAAUCUGUUUGGCAUUUGCCGACCACUUGAGAGCCAAUGGAAAAUUGGAAGAAGCCAGUUUACUCUAUGAGAGGGGUGGUAAUUUGCAGCAGGCUCUGCUCAGUGCCAAGCACAUUUUGGAUUGGCAAAGGGCUCUAAAAUUGGCCAAGCUAAGUGGACAGGAUGUGGGCCAAGUGGCAUUAUCACUGGUAGCCCCCCUACAGGAACAAGGUCGUUACGACGAGGCCUAUCACCUGUCCAAGACCUAUGGCCAAAACCCCAAAGAUUCAUUGCAAUGCCUAAUCAAAGGCAAAUUAUUUUUGAAAGCCAUAUCUGAGGCCCAAAUGCAACAAGGCUCCGAUGACAAUAAAACCCAAGAUGAGGGAGAUGAUCUCAUCACCUUGGUUAGCAACGAAUUAUUGGCCUAUCAAAGUGUUUUACUUAAUUCCAUAACCGGAGAUGAAGAAUUGUUUAAACAACACAAAGAUCGUCUAAUACAAGUGCGUGCCAAUCGCCUUAAACUGGCACAAUUCGGCGGGGGUGAUGAUGACCAAGUGGAUAUUGAUGAAUGUGAUCUAUUGUCGGAUACCACAAGUAUGCGGUCAUCACGUUACACGGCCAGUUCCAGAGGCACAGGAAAAACCUUCCGUUCGAGCAAAAAUCGCCGCAAGCAUGAACGUAAAAUCCUCAGCCUUAAACCAGGCAAUCCAUUCGAAGAUAUUGCCCUAAUCGAUGCCCUCUACAAUCAGAUAACCCGUUGCUUUGGCCAACAACAACAUGUCCGUGAUACAUGUAAAGCAAUGCUACAAUUGCAACAGGACUCGGCUGCGCGACAGUUGCAAGCGAGUUACAAACAUCUCUUAAGUACAAUGCAAAAUGCCCUGGACGAUAUCUGGAUUGAGGAAAUGUUACAGAGCUGCGGACAACAAUUUUUGCAGGGACCCAAUGUCGAUUAUACCCAGCUGAAGAAUGAACAACGUUAUGCUAUGCUGAGUAAGUAUGCUGCCGACAAGUGUUACACUUUUUAUGACCGAUAGAAACGUUGCUGCGUCCUUCUUGACCAAGAGGGUCUACCCAUUGUGUCUUCUGUCUGGGCAGUAGAGAGUGUGGAGAUAAUGAGUAUCCAGGAUCGCAAAUCGCGCCUGUCUAGAUGCCAAUGUUGAUGGAAUGAAAGUGAGAAUGAUAAAGUAAAA